UUUUUUCCCCCAGUCUUGAGUAUCUGUUCUCCAAAAUGGAGCUGCUGUUUGUAUUCAUUUUGCCACUGGCAUUUAGUGCUUCAGGUGUUGAUGCCAAUAAAAACCUGAGCGCGGUGCCCAGCAUCACUGCAGUUCUGGGCAGAGAUGUUACCAUACCGUGCACUUACCAGCUCUCUCCGGGAUACUCGGAAGUGAGUUUAAAAUGGACAAUGAGGAAGGAUGGAGACACUAAGACUCUUCUCUACAGGGACAGGCUCAGCUACAGCAUUCCUCUCUCGAUGUACAGAUCCCGAGUAAGCAUUCCAAGCACUGACCAGGUCGGGAAUGUCUCGCUCACUCUGAAAGAAAUGUAUUUCCAGGACAGAGCAGAUUACAUGUGUGAAGUGACCUGGAGAAAUGGGAGUGAAAACACAGUGCAGGACACAGCGCUCAUCAAAGUAUCUGUCGUCCAGGUUCCUGUUUCAAAACCAUUUAUGCCCAACGUCCAGUCCCCACUCUACAUCCAAGCGGGUCAAAGCAUCAGUCUCACUUGUACAGCUGCCGGAUCUUUACCCAUCACAUACAUGUGGUACAAGAAGAAAUCAGAUGGGACCAAAACAAGGUUAUCAAGACAAGCUGCCCUCACCGUAUCUGAUGCAGGAACAUACUAUUGUGAAGCAGAGAAUUACGCUUCUGGAAAGAAAGUAGAAAAGAGUGAUCCAAUAGAACUUAUUGUACAAGAGUGGAUCGAAGCAACGUCUGAAGAUUAUACUUACCAAUCCACUACUGAAGUAAAAAACAUUCCAACGUCUACUUCUUAUAUUGAAACCAGCAGCACUGAACCAGUAAAAAACAUUCCAACGUCUACUUCUUAUAUUGAAACCAGCAGCACUGAACCAGGUGGAAAUGCCGUUUCUCCUGCGUCGCGCCAAAAAGGGAACAGGACUCUGUUAUGGCUCUACAUCCUGAUUGCUGCUCUCUGCAUUGUGGUGCUCUUCGCUGUCAUCAUAGCCAACGUCAUAAUGAAGAAAAGGAAAAAGAAAAGAAAUGCAAAUGACCUUAAUGUAACUUUUUCCUCUCAUCUUGCUGGGGCAAAUAACAACAUGGAAGACAAAAAAUACGCUGCUCGCGAAAAUGAAUAUGAAGCGAUGAUAUGCAAAAACGAGAAUGAGUACGCUGCCAUGACUACGGACCGAGCCAGCUGAGGAAUCAAUGCGUCAGAAGUCAAACAACAGCCCUAGUUAACAAAGUCAUCUGGAAUGGUGCUGUGCUGCAUUCAUGCAUGGUGAUCAGUUUACAGAUCAAAAUUGCAAUCUUUCACAACUCUGCUCAGUCAUCAGGAGUUGCAUGUUAGGGCUAGGUUACACAACGCAUUGGGGCGGUAACCUUUUCACAACUUUUAUUCUGUCUUGCAACCUUUAAAACUGCUGUUUUGUAGAAAACUGCGCAAGUCCCCUGGAUAAUCAUUUGGGGCUUAUCUCUGCAUACUUGGAAGUGCUGUAAGUUCUUGCAUAUCGUUUCCAUGUUUAGGAAUGAUCUGCUGAUCUUGUGUGUCGAUAUCUGUGGUACUCUGAUCUGACAAGCAUUUAUAUUUAAUAAAGAGUAGAUUUCCAUGAAAACAAAACCUUCAUUAGCACACCUGCAUUCAGAAGCAAACUGUUAUACCUUUAUCUGCAGAAAUCAGCUAUUAAGUAAUGGGAUCCAUACGAAAUGUCCUACAUAUUUUACAAACAGCUCAUUGUUAUGCUUGCAGCUUGAGUGCAACUCGUAGUAUUUAUAUAUAUCUUAAAAACAGAGAUAUAAUCUGAUAUCUGAUUGAGGGAUGUUUGGUUUUCACGUUAAAAUGUCGGUAAACCCACACAAAAAAAUAGCAUUUGAGUAACUUUUAUGGCAGAAUUUUGGUUUUCACUAAUUUAUUUUUUUGUACGGGUAAUUCAGUGUAUGCGUGCUGGAUAAGUCAUCAUCCUAAUUAGUUGUACUUAUAGAAUAGUUGUUACAGCUGUCUAUUAUGAACCAGGAUAUAAAGACCAUAUAAACAUUCUGUACAGCUGAAUGUCUAGUUCAUAUGUUAUUUUUUGAAGACAUGCUGUGUUAACAAUUGGACUGUAAGUGUGAAACAUUUUGUAAAGCUAGAAGCUAAAGCAUAAGAAACGUGUCCAAUGCAUUCCUCAAUGCUAUACUUUAUAGAUACAGAAUUAUAGUUGUAUUGAUGUUACUAUACAUGUCUCUUAAUUGUGCUAUAAUUACACUGUAAUGACACAGUAAGUACAUAUGGUUGUACAGUUACAAUGUUAUAACAUUUUUAAUUACAGUAUGAAAAUUAGAGUUUCUCGCAUAUUUUAUAAUUACAAUGCUUUUAUGCAUUUGAUUGUGUAGUAACAAUGUAAUUACUUUGUAACGGCACAUCUAAUUACAGUGUAAUUACAUUGUCAUUUGAGACUAAAGGUGGUUGCUCUUUUACUUGCUAUAUUUUAAAUUAUAUUUGUGGCAUUCAGUCAAUUAACAAAACUUUAUAGUUUCACACUGGAAUUCUUGUUCACAGUAUGGUAUUUUUAAUCUGAAAAUAUUGUAUAUUAUUCUAAUAAAACACAAUUGAGAUGGCUUAAUUUUAUUCAGCAAGGAGUGGAUACCUUAUUUUAAAACCAUUUAAAAAGCAAAACAGCAACUUAAGAGUUCAUCUUAGGCCCUUUCUUUGCAUUUAAAUGACUGUUAAAAUAGCUUACAUGUGGUUAUAGUAUGGAUGCAUUACAUUCUUAAACUAGAAUUAUUUGUGACUGAUAAAACCACAGGGUCCGCUGCAUUCUAUGCAUUCAGAGAUCCUGCCACACGCUGGGAAAUCUAAACCUCAAUUGGAAAGAGCUGGUAACUUCAAUUCACAUUAUCAUAUUUGUAUGGUAGUUUGGUUGUACUUGUUUGAGCUGUUUGCAGUGAUUGAGAGUCACGCAUAUUGUUUAACGCACUAUUUAAAAACAUAUUUCCGCUAAGUGACAAUACAUUAAGUGUGAUGAUUGAACUUUGGACCAACCGAAUACCAAUAAAAUGACCUAUUGUACUAUACUAGAGUAUGCAGUUGAAUACAGCCCCACACAGACUGAAGAAGCGUGACCAGUUGUGCUUACAGUGCACUAGAUUGUACCACAUGUGAUUUAGCAUCUCAUUGUUAGCCUCAGAUCUCUGAAGAACUGUUAUGUAGCUGUAGUUGCCCACAAAGACUGCUUGUCCAAUGAUUAAAGACUCCCAAUGAAAUACUAAUUGUUGAUGUGAGCACACUUCACAUUUACUCUUAAUAUGUACUAUGUUGUACUGUAUGCGU